AGCUAUGGUCGCGCUGGAGAACUCGGAGGGCGGCCCGGAGGAGGCGGCGGCGGCGGCGGGGGUCGCCCCGGGAGGGCGGCGGACGCUAUUUUUGCCUGAAGUGUCAUCCAUGGAGCCUGCCCCACUCCGACCUCAGACAGGGCUGAGGCUCAUCAGCCUAUUUGCUUCGUGAUCAAGAUGUAACAGCCUUUCUGGCCGGGGCAAAAAACUUAAGGCUGGGGACUCUUUACAUAUGUAUAGACUUUGGCCCCUUCCGGGCUGCCUGCCCGCUCUAGCUGGCUCCCAGGUGAAGAGGCUUUCGGCCUCCAAGCGGAAGCAACACUUCAUCAACCAGGCUGUGCGGAACUCAGACCUCGUGCCCAAGGCCAAGGGGCGGAAGAGCCUCCAGCGCCUGGAGAACACCCAGUACCUCCUGACCUUGCUGGAGACAGACGGAGGCACACCUGGCCUGGAGGAUGGGGACCUGGCGCCCCCUGCAGCACCCAGCAUCUUUGCAGAGGCCUGCAGCAACGAGACCUAUGUCGAGGUCUGGAACGACUUCAUGAACCGCUCUGGGGAGGAGCAGGAGCGGGUUCUCCGCUACCUGGAGAAUGAGGGCAAGAGCAAGGCGCGCAGGAGGGGGCCUGCCCGCGGGGAAGACCGGCGGAGAGAGGACCCGGCCUACACGCCCCGCGAGUGCUUCCAGCGUAUCAGCCGGCGUCUACGAGCCGUUCUCAAGCGGAGCCGUAUUCCCAUGGAAACGCUGGAGACCUGGGAGGAGCGGCUGCUGAGGUUCUUCUCUGUGUCCCCCCAGGCCGUGUACACGGCCAUGCUGGACAACAGCUUUGAGAGGCUCCUGCUUCACGCCAUCUGCCAGUACAUGGACCUCAUCUCAGCCAGUGGUGACCUGGAGGGCAAGCGGCAGAUGAAGGUCAGCAAUCGGCACCUGGACUUCCUGCCGCCGGGGCUGCUCCUGUCCGCGUACCUGGAGCAGCGCAGCUGAUGGCGGCCCUGCCCCCGGCCCCGCCUCCCCAGUGCCAAGACCUCCCGUACCAUCGCUAAAAUAUCUUUAUUAUUUUUAGAAUUUUCCCUUGGAAACGUGCUCUCCCCCUUGGGGUGGCUCCCGCACCCCACCCCUUCCCCGCCCAGCUUUCCGGGUUAAAGCUGGCGGCUGGGCUGCCCCUCACGAGCACAAUCCACCCUACUCCCGCCCCGGGGCUUAGACUCGGGAGGAGACACCCGGCCUGGUCACUUCCCUGUCCCUUCCUGGGUCAGCGUUUUUGGCCCCGUGUGAAGCUUAAGCGAGGAGGGAGAGGCUGGGUUUUUAUCAUUUUUAAUGAAUUUGGCGUGAUUUGUUGUAGAUUUUUAAAUUUCCCUUUUGAGAAGAAAAACCAAAAACUCGCCCUAAGUGAUAAAUUGGGGGGCUUCAUUCCAGUCCCUGCUUGACCCUCUCCCAGUUUUGGCUUCGGUGGAGGGUCCCCUUGCCCUGGGAGCAUUACGUUUUGUGUGUGUGUGCGCGCGCGUGUGCAUGUGUGUGCCCCGCAAGCCAGGAUGGAAGCUGCGUCUUAAAGGCUGGUGUCACCUUCUUUUUGGAAUGUGUGUUGCCCUCCCCGCUCCCCUUUGGUGGCUGUUAGGGCCCCGUCUGCUCUACACACCCCCCUCCCUUCAUACUGAGGAUCUGGGACUUCCAGCCAGAAGCCUCCACCCUCAGACUGUCCUGUUCCUCUCUCCAUGUCCCCUUGCCCCUGCCCCCAGCCUGGCUCUGGGGUGUCCUCGUGCUGGUCACCCCGGCCUGGCACAGGAAGCAGGGCUGGAGACUGCACCCCUGCCCUGCACCCCCGUGUGUGUGGCUAGUUGUGCUUUGGGAAAAGUGGAGCGUUCAAUAAAUUUCUGGUGCUCUGG